ACGAAUCCAGCUGCAAAAUGCUCGACAUUAUCAUUAAACCACCCGCUAGUGAAGAAGAUUUUACGGAAACCGUAUUUCUUCUCAUCGAUUACGCAGUGGAGGUACCGCGAACCCAGCGCACUCGUGAACGCUUAGCGAGCCUUCUUGGAUGGUCGGGGGCUGGCGAAGAGUUGAAGACACUCAAGCUGUUCGAAAAUGUGUUACGCAAAUACUGUGUCGGUGAGCUUGAUGCCGGCCGGUUUCGUUCACACUUCACUAAUCUGUCCACGGUGCAACAAGAUCGACUAGUGGAGAUCGUGAACCUGCGGAAAGCGGAAAUAGCUCAGCGACUGAUUGACGAGGUCAACCGACGGGAAGGUGGUGUGCCGUUGGUCGAAUGGUUCGAUUGGAAUGUUAGCUGGAUAAUGGGCAGCAGCAGUCUGGCAUCGAUCCGCCAACAACUGUGUACGGUCACUUUCGCCUGUCGGGAUGUGGAUGCAAAGGCCACAACGAUUAGCUUCGAAAUGGACCGGCAACAGGUUGAUGAAGUAGUCCGUCAACUGGAAACUGUGGCGUAACCUGUGACCUUGCUAUGGACGACGAAUACGACUGUGCAUUCCGUUGAAUUGAAAACAUAAAAUAAGUUACAUUGCCCUUAUAACCAACGGUGUAAGCCUUGCGCUCGUGGUGUAGCUCUUGAUCGUCGUGCAACCCAGUUCGAGUUCCAGCAAGGCUAGAUAGUGAAGUGCACAAAGUAUAGUGCGGAGUAGAUAAGGUUAAAUUCGCACUCGACUCGCACUCAAAUAAUUCUGGAGUGCACCGUUAGAAUCGGAAAAUGUAAUGUAAUGUUAGUCAUCUCUCGUGAAGCAAGUUCGAUCUUCGUUAUUGACCUCUUUUUCUUCAUUCUCCUAAUCGAUUAGGAUUCAAAAUCCGCCAUUAAAUAAAGAUGCUACAUAAAUUGUCUUGAUCUUGAUCCAUUCUAAAAGAUUGAUAUA